UUAUUUGCGCCCACGCUGAGUGCGUUUAAACAAAAGUGCUAUAUAUGUACAUACAUUUGAGUGUAGUUGAUUAAUACUGUGUCUCAUACUAGUCAUUGAAUAAAUAAAUAAUAGAAAUAUCCGAUAAAAAAAUACAAGUUCAAAGCACAGAACCAGUUCAAAGUGUAUUUGUAGCGAGUGGUGCAUUGUGCGUGUGCAUAUUAGGAAGUGCAACUAUAAAAAUUAUUAAAAAAAAAAGUUCAUCUACACGAAGAAAGUGUGUGCGCAUACGCGCGAACAAAUCGACUAGAAUGUGCGAUAAUGACGAAUCCAUUUCGUCACAGCAACAAUCCAAUCUAAAUCUGAAUAUUAAUAUGAUCGGUGAUAGCAUCGAGCCUGGAGAGCUGCUGCUACCUGCAAAGAGUCAAAGCCAAUUGGCGCAAGACGCCAUUUCCUUGUGCAGCUCAGAAGCAUCUUUCGAUCAGCAGCUGCAUCAGACCACACAAUCGCUUGCUAUAGCGAGUUCCAUCAUGGCCGGUUUUGGUUAUGACCCCAGCAACAGCAGCAACAUUGUUGGAGGCAUCAAUGGUGGCGGCAGCAACAGCGCCGGCGCUGUUGGCACGAACAGCAUAACCGGCACCAAUAGUAUUUUACGUUAUAAUGAUUUAAACAUUUUCGGUUCAAGUGAGUCUGUGGGUGUAAUGGCGACGGUUACGCCUACGGCCACAACACCAUCGCUGGCACCACAAAUUGCCGCUGCUGUGAAUACGGUCAAGAUCAAUGUAGAGGAACUGCUGCGCGAGAAUCGUGCUUUGCGCGAAAAGCUUAAGGAAGUCACUGCCCAUCGUGAUCAUUUGCUAUGCGAAGUGUCAAAUCUACGUUUAGAACUAGAUAUGUCCGAGUUGAAACAGCUGCCGGAACAAAGUUUGCCACAAAAACCCAUCAACAUCCGCUUUCGUAGACGGUUUCAGCUUAGAAAUGCCAGCUUCCACGUCAUCAAGGGACAGAGUUAGAGUCCCAAAACUUAACUCCGUAGCUGAAUCGUGGUUUAUAUCAGGCCAGGAAUUACCAUCAUCACAGACAUAGUUGGCACUAAAAAAUUCAGCGAAGAGACUCGCCACCUCAGUAGGGCCACUAGCACAUUUAUCGUCCAAAAAGACAGUCGAAGGAAUGCAAGAGCCACAUUUCUUAGACUUUAUGAACUGCCAAAAAGCUUUUGGAUUAGAUUUAA